AUGGAUCAACGACUAGUCCUACCUAUUCGGUUGUGGAAGGAUAUACUUGGAGUGUUGAGUGACCCUGUGGACGUGGCUUGCUUGGCAUUGUCUUGCAAGUCAUUGUGGACUCACUUCAAUGACAAUGACAAAGAAUAUGUUGGACGUGGACCGUCAGCAAUCGACGACGAUGACAAGAGUAGUAGUUCAUCAAUGUCGCCAAGCGGUGAUGACACACACCCACUGUCGUUGACCUUGGGCAUAUAUGAUGAUCAACCGAUUGUACCUGGAUUCCUACCAGUCUCGCUCACUGAGCUCACCUUUGGCCAGUUCUACAAUCAACCGAUACAGCCAGGCACGUUGCCUCCGAUGCUCAUCACACUCAGGUUUGGUAAUAGUUUCGAUCGAGAGUUCAAGGCCGGUUCCCUACCCUGCACACUCAAGACAUUGUCAUUGGGCCAACAAUAUUACAAAGAUAUACAACCUGGCUCAUUGCCCAACUCGAUCACUACAUUGAUCAUACUAAGUUCCGUUAGUCGACCGAUCAUCGAAGACUCACUUCCAACGUCGCUCACAUCAUUUGACUAUGGGUGCCGGAGCAAGCAGAUAGAGUUGCCCUCGACCACCCUGUUGCUCGGUCCCUCGUCACUCCCUCGCUCAUUGACCCAUCUACGUCUGGGCUGGGCAUUCGACCAAAACUUGUUGAAUGAUGUCUUCCCGAGUCGUCUACAAUCAAUAUCGUUUGGCGAUAAAUUCAAUCAACCAAUCUACUUCAUUCGUUUGAUGUCAAGUCUGACAUCGUUGACCUUUGGCGAUAGCUUUGCCCAGCCUAUCAGUCGGGACAGCUUCCCCGCAUCACUAAAGUCAUUGAGUCUGGGUACUGGAUUCCGCGGUCCAUUGAAUGAAUAUACUAUCCCAGACAGCCUCGAGACAUUAGUGUUGGGUUACUCCAUCACGAUCAAAGAUGGCCGCGACCUACAAAAUGUAAAGAACCUGUCAUUGUACAGUCUAUGGCGUCUCGAGGAUAUCAAUCUCGAGGGUUCAUCAGUCAAGCGACUCUCAGCCACAUAUCGCGAGAACACCAUCACAUCCAAGAUCAUCCAAUCGAAUCGUACAACAACAAGAUGUGGCACACUUCUCGACGAACUGUCGCUGGAAUAUGUAUAUAGUUAUCCAGGCGAAUCAGACAAGUCUGCUAUCAAACGUGGAGUAUACUCGUUGAAAACAAGGGGAUCGUCAUACACAUGCGACGAGUUGAUACCAAUCACGUCUUGA